GUGACUGCCAGUUCUGUGUCUGUAAAAUCCAGGAAGACUAAAGGUAGGUUUGAACGGUCAAAAGGGAAAGACUCUUCACGAGGUAAAAAAACACACAGAUGUUGGGGCUUUUGGCUUCUCCUUCUUCCUUGACUGUCAUCGAACUCACCCGAGUAAGAAGGAAAGCCAAACUUUACUCCUCCGUUUCAUGAAUUAGAAGGCAAAAAGAAGGAAGGUUGAAGAUCAAAGUGGAUGGAUCGAGCUCCAUUUUGCUUUCUACCAUGUUAGUCGUUGGGGCCAUUGGUUUCCAUGAUCGACGCGGGAUUUAUCUCUGGAAAAUCCUGAUCCGAUCGCAAAUGGCUUCAGUGAGCAUAGUACCUGCUUCUGGAGUCAAAGAACCCAGCGGCAAUUGUGUUGGGGUUGAUAAGUUGCCUGAAGAGAUGAAUGGCAUGAAAAUUAGAGAUGACAAGGAAAUGGAAGCAACUGUGGUUGAUGGAAAUGGGACAGAGACAGGUCAUAUAAUUGUGACAACCAUAGGUGGUAGAAAUGGCCAGCCUAAGCAGACCAUAAGCUAUAUGGCCGAGCGUGUUGUUGGCAAUGGAUCAUUUGGUAUUGUCUUUCAGGCCAAAUGCCUAGAGACAGGAGAAACUGUAGCAAUAAAGAAGGUUCUUCAAGACAAGAGAUAUAAGAAUCGUGAGUUGCAAACCAUGCGCCUUCUAGACCAUCCAAAUGUUGUCUCUUUGAAGCACUGUUUUUUCUCAACAACUGAAAAGGAGGAGCUUUAUCUUAACCUGGUACUUGAGUAUGUACCUGAAACUGUUCAUCGUGUGAUCAAACACUACAAUAAGAUGAACCAGCGGAUGCCGCUUAUAUAUGUGAAACUUUAUACAUAUCAGAUUUGUAGGGCGUUGGCUUACAUUCAUGGUAGCAUUGGAGUGUGCCAUAGGGACAUCAAACCCCAGAAUCUUCUGGUCAAUCCACAUACGCAUCAGUUGAAACUAUGUGAUUUUGGAAGUGCGAAGGUCUUGGUAAAAGGUGAACCAAACAUAUCUUACAUUUGCUCUAGGUAUUAUAGAGCACCUGAGCUUAUAUUUGGAGCAACAGAAUAUACAACAGCCAUUGACAUUUGGUCUGCAGGCUGUGUUUUGGCUGAGUUACUUCUUGGACAGCCUCUUUUUCCUGGUGAGAGUGGAGUAGACCAGCUUGUUGAGAUAAUCAAGGUUUUGGGUACCCCAACAAGGGAGGAAAUCAAGUGCAUGAACCCCAAUUACACAGAAUUUAAAUUCCCUCAAAUUAAAGCUCACCCUUGGCACAAGAUAUUUCAUAAACGUAUGCCACCAGAAGCUGUUGAUCUUGUCUCCAGGCUUCUACAGUACUCUCCUAACCUACGAUGCACUGCUCUAGAAGCCUUGAUUCAUCCCUUCUUCGAUGAGCUACGAGACCCAAAUACUCGCUUACCAAAUGGACGCUUCAUGCCCCCAUUAUUCAACUUCAAGCCUCAUGAACUGAAAGGGGUGCCAAAAGAGAUGUUGUUGAAGUUGAUCCCUGAACAUGCAAGGAAGCAGUGUGCCUUCCUCGGGUUGUGAACUCGCCAUUUGUUCAACGAUGUGUAAUGUAUGGCUAUUAAAAACUGGUGCAUAAUCUCAGCGUCGCCAUGUUUCCUAGGAUCAAGUGACAUGCUGUUGUUGCUGUUACCAUCGACGUUCAUUUCCCCCCUUUAUUUUAAUUUUGUAAGAAGCAGAUCGAUAAGGUUUUCUGCUUUCAUCUUCCCAAAACCUCAUUGGGUAUAUUUUACUUACCCUUGUUACAAGACAACAACAGGAUGUAACAUUAUAUGGAACGCAAAGAAUAGUUGUAUUUAAGUGAUCCAUAUCUGGUUUCAUGGCUUGGCCCAAGCCGCAGGGUAUGGACGUGGAGUUCUACUUUC